UGAGGGGGCGGGGCAAGAUGGCGGCGGUGCUGGAGGUGGAGGUUGGCGGCCCAGUCGAACGCGAUGUGGAGGAGGUUGACCUCUCGCACUUGUCCCCAGAGGAGAGAUGGAGGGUGGAGCACGCACGGAUGCACGCCAAGCACCGCGGGCACGAGGCGAUGCACGCCGAAAUGGUCCUCAUCCUUAUCGCCACGCUGGUGGUGGCACAGCUCCUGUUGGUUCAGUGGAAGCAGCGGCACCCUCGCUCCUACAAUAUGGUGACCCUCUUCCAGAUGUGGGUAGUGCCUCUGUAUUUCACGAUCAAGCUGUAUUGGUGGCGGUUCCUGGGGAUCUGGGUGCUCUUCUCAGCAGUCACAGCUUUUGUCACCUUCAGGGCAACUCGAAAGCCUCUGGUACAGACAACACCCAGACUGGUUUAUAAAUGGUUUCUGCUUAUAUACAAGAUCAGCUAUGCAACUGGGAUCGUGGGGUACAUGGCUGUCAUGUUUACACUCUUUGGUCUUAACUUAUUAUUCAGAAUCAAACCAGAAGAUGCAAUGGACUUUGGCAUCUCCCUCCUCUUCUAUGGUCUUUACUACGGAGUGCUGGAGCGGGACUUUGCCGAGAUGUGUGCAGAUUACAUGGCCUCAACCAUUGGGUUCUACAGCGCCUCGGGAAUGCCCACCAAGCACCUCUCCGACAGCGUCUGCGCCGUCUGUGGCCAGCAGAUCUUUGUGGACGUCAACGAGGAGGGGAUCAUCGAGAACACUUACCGCCUCUCCUGCAACCACGUGUUUCAUGAGUUUUGCAUCCGUGGCUGGUGCAUUGUUGGGAAGAAGCAGACGUGUCCAUACUGCAAAGAGAAGGUGGAUCUCAAGAGGAUGUUCAGUAAUCCCUGGGAGAGGCCUCACGUAAUGUAUGGGCAGCUGCUGGACUGGCUGCGCUACCUGGUGGCCUGGCAGCCAGUGAUCAUUGGACUGGUCCAGGGAAUCAACUACAUCCUGGGGCUGGAGUAAGCGCAGGCGGUGGGGAGCCGCAGAACCAUGAGAGGACACGUACCCAGGGCCGGGGACAGUUGCCACCGGAGAUGCUGGCUUUGCUCCAUCACCUCUCAGGACCUCGGCCACCCCUGAGGACAGCAGCAUUAGGGCCCCUCCUGCUGGGGCUAAGGGAGGAUUUUUUUAAAAAGCAAUUAUUUUAAUGAGUGUAUUUAAAACUUUCUAUUGCAGCUGAAAAGAGACACUUGUCCCCUUUCCCUGCCCCUCUUGGGUCCUUCACAGCACCCCACUGGGCUGAGCUUUGGGCUGGGGGCUGUUCUCCAGCUCCCUCCUGCUGCUCUGCCAGGGGAGGCCGUGGGGAGAAGGGCUGAGGCUUUGCUGGCUCUGAUGCUGGCACCCCGGAGCAGCCUUGCUGGCAGCAAGGAUGGGAUGUGGGGGGCUGCAGAGGAGAGGCUGGAGCCCAGUGCCCUGAAAGAGGGGACAGAGGGAUGCCUGGCUACCCCAGACUGCCGGGCCCACUUCUGGGUGCCAUGGGUGUGCUGGGAGGAACCACGCUGCUCACUGGCACGGUGAUAGUGGGCUCUGUCUCGGGGAACCCUUUUAUAUGCUCCCAAAUUUUUUAUGUUCCUCCCUGGAGGUCAGCGUUGUCCCCUGGCAGCUUGGAGUUGUCAACCAGGACAUGGAAUGGGACCAGUGCUGUUCCUCUCUCUGUGCCCUUUUGGGUGACGGUACAUCAAGAGCAGCCCAAGAGUGGGUGCCCCUGCCCCAGGGCAUGGGGGCCUCCUCACUGGGUGUUGCUCUUCUUGGCACUGGAAUAAAAGGGAUGGAGCAAA